AUGUACAAGCGUCGGGAUUAUGUGGAACUCUAUGAGAAGGAUCAAGCCAAAUGGGCACUGAUACGCAACGUCAACACUGUAAUGAAACACAGCACACUGCUGCCGGGCGACUAUGUCUGGUUGGACUUGAAGACGGGUCGGGAGUUUGAGGUGCCGAUCGGUGCAGUGGUCAAACUCUGUGACUCAGGACAGAUCCAGGUGGUGGAUGAUGAGGGAAAUGAGCAUUGGAUCUCCCCCCAGAAUGCCACCAACAUCAAACCAAUGCAUCCCACCUCCAUCCAUGGUGUGGAGGACAUGAUCCGCCUGGGAGACCUCAAUGAAGCUGGAAUUCUCCGUAACCUGCUCAUCAGAUACAGAGAAAAACUCAUAUAUACAUAUACUGGCUCCAUCCUGGUGGCCGUCAACCCUUAUCAGCUGCUGCCCAUCUAUACGGCCGACCAGAUCCGACUCUAUACCAACAAGAAGAUUGGUGAAAUGCCGCCCCACAUCUUUGCCAUUGCGGACAACUGUUACUUCAACAUGCAGAGGAAUAACCGUGACCAGUGCUGUAUCAUCAGUGGUGAGUCUGGAGCAGGAAAGACAGAGAGCACCAAACUGAUCCUUCAGUUCCUGGCAGCCAUUAGUGGUCAACACUCCUGGAUCGAACAGCAGGUCCUGGAGGCCAAUCCUAUACUAGAGGCCUUUGGCAAUGCUAAAACAAUCCGCAAUGACAAUUCAUCUCGUUUUGGGAAAUAUAUCGACAUCCAUUUCAACAAGAGAGGAGCCAUAGAGGGAGCCAAGAUAGAGCAAUACCUGCUGGAGAAAUCCAGAGUCUGUCGACAGGCCUACGAUGAGAGAAACUACCACAUCUUCUACUGCAUGCUGAAGGGCAUGACUGCAGACGAGAAGAAGAAACUGGGGCUGAGCAAAGCCACAGACUAUGCCUACCUGACCAUCGGUAACUGUACAGUGUGCGAUGGCCGAGACGACUUGAAAGAGUACUCCAACAUCCGCUCUGCGAUGAAGGUACUGAUGUUCACAGACAAAGAGAACUGGGAGAUUUCGAAGCUGCUGGCUGCUAUUUUACACAUGGGAAACCUCAGAUAUGAUGCUCGAACCUACGACAACCUGGAUGCCUGCGAGGUUGUCCGCAGCCCUCACCUCACUACUGCUGCUACACUGCUGGAGGUGGACGGUAAGGAUCUGAUGAACUGUCUGACCAGCCGAACUCUGAUCACCAGAGGAGAGACCGUCUCCACCCCGCUCAGCAUGGAUCAAGCUCUGGACGUACGGGACGCCUUCGUUAAGGGUAUUUAUGGACGUUUGUUUGUGUGGAUUGUGGAGAAGAUCAAUGCGGCCAUUUACAAACCUCCAUCCUCACAGCCCAAAGUUCUUAGACGCUCCAUUGGACUGCUGGACAUCUUCGGUUUUGAGAACUUCGCUGUCAACAGCUUCGAGCAGCUGUGCAUCAACUUCGCCAAUGAGAACCUGCAGCAGUUCUUCGUCCGUCACGUCUUCAAACUGGAGCAGGAGGAGUACAACCUGGAGCACAUCAACUGGCAGCACAUCGAGUUCACUGACAACCAGGACGCUCUGGACAUGAUCGCCAUCAAACCAAUGAACAUCAUCUCACUCAUUGAUGAGGAGAGCAAGUUCCCUAAGGGCACAGACACCACUAUGCUGAACAAGCUGAACUUUCAGCACAAACUUAACACAAACUACAUUCCUCCAAAGAACAACUAUGAGACUCAAUUUGGCAUCCAGCACUUUGCUGGGGUGGUUUUCUAUGAAACGAGAGGUUUCCUGGAGAAGAACAGAGACACUUUAUACGGUGACAUCAUCCAGCUGGUUCACUCCUCCAAGAACAAGUUCAUCAAACAGAUCUUCCAGGCUGACGUUGCUAUGGGAGCAGAGACCAGGAAGCGCUCACCCACUCUGAGCAGUCAGUUUAAGAGAUCUCUGGAGCUGCUGAUGAGGACUCUGAGCGUCUGUCAGCCUUUCUUUGUUCGCUGCAUCAAACCCAAUGAAUACAAGAAACCCAUGUUAUUUGACAGGGAGCUGUGUGUGCGUCAGCUGAGGUACUCAGGUAUGAUGGAGACCAUUCGUAUCCGCCGUGCAGGAUAUCCCAUCCGCUACACCUUUGUGGAGUUUGUCGACCGCUACCGGGUGCUCAUGCCUGGAGUCAAACCGGCAUAUAAACAGGAGGACCUGCGGGGAACCUGCCAGAGGAUCGCUGAGGCGGUGCUCGGCAGAGAUGACGACUGGCAGAUGGGAAAGACCAAGAUCUUCCUCAAGGAUCACCAUGAUAUGCUGCUGGAGAUCGAGAGAGACAAAGCCAUCACUGACAAGGUCAUCCUUAUCCAGAAGGUGGUUCGAGGUUUCAAGGACAGAUCUAACUUCCUGAAGAUGAGGAAGUCGGCUGUGUUGAUCCAGAAGACAUGGAGAGGGUAUCACUGUAGGAAGAACUAUGGAGCUAUGCGAGCAGGCUUCUCUCGCCUGCAGGCUCUGGUUCGGUCCAGGAAGCUGUGUGCAUCGUAUCACGUGGCCCGUCAGCGGAUCACAGGCUUCCAGGGACGCUGUCGGGGCUACUUGGUGCGCCGGGCGUUCAGACACCGGCUCUGGGCCGUCAUCACCAUUCAGGCCUACACCAGAGGCAUGAUUGCUCGCCGGCUGUACAAGAGGCUGAAGGGAGAGUACCACAGGAGGUUGGAGGCGGAGAAGAUGCGUCUGGCAGAGGAGGCCAAACUGAGGAACCAGAUGUCUGCGAAGAGAGCGAAGGCUGAGGCUGAACGCAAACACCAGGAGCGUCUGGCCCAGUUGGCCAAAGAAGACGCAGAGCGGGAGAAGAAGGAGAAAGAGGAGGCUCGGAGGAAGAAGGAGAUGGUGGAGCAGAUGGAGAAGGCCCGUAUGGAGCCCGUCAACGACUCUGACAUGGUGGACAAGAUGUUCGGCUUCCUGGGGACGACUAACUCUUUCCCGGGGCAGGAGGGACAAGCCCCUGCUGGCUUUGAAGACCUGGAGCGGACCCAUCAGGAGCUGGUAGAGGAGGAUCUGGACGAGGCUCUUCCUCUGCCUGAGGAUGAUGAUGAGGAGGAUUUAUCUGAGUACAAGUUUGCCAAGUUUGCCGCCACCUACUUCCAGGGCACCACCACGCACACCUAUGUCCGACGACCUCUCAAACAGCCGCUGCUCUUUCACGACGAUGAGGGAGACCAGCUGGCUGCUCUGGCAGUGUGGAUCACGGUGCUGAGGUUCAUGGGAGAUCUGCCAGAGCCCAAGUAUCACACGGCCAUCAGCGAUGGAAGCGAGAAGAUCCCCGUCAUGACCAAAAUCUAUGAGACGCUGGGGAAGAAGACCUACAAGAGAGAGCUGCAGGCUCUGCAGGGGGAGGGGGAGACGCCUCACUCUGACAGCCACAAGAAGAACAGCGUCCGACACAAACUGGUGUCCCUUACCCUGAAGAAGAAAUCCAAGAUCACUGAGGAGGUCACCAAGCGCCUUAACGAUGGCGAGCACGGUCUCCAUGGCAACAGCAUGCUGGAGGAUCGGCCAACAUCCAACCUAGAGAAACUUCACUUUAUCAUCGGAAACGGGAUCCUGAGACCAGCACUCAGGGAUGAGAUCUACUGUCAGAUCUGUAAGCAGCUGAGUCAGAACCCGUCCAAGAGUUCCCACGCUCGCGGCUGGAUCCUCAUCUCUCUGUGUGUCGGCUGCUUUGCCCCGUCAGACAAAUUCGUUAAGUACCUGAGGAACUUCAUCAGCAGCGGGCCGCCGGGUUACGCUCCGUACUGUGAAGAGAGACUGAGACGAACAUUUGUUAACGGGACGAGAACACAGCCUCCGUCCUGGCUGGAGCUUCAGGCCACCAAGUCAAAGAAGCCCAUCAUGCUGCCGGUGACGUUCAUGGACGGCACGACCAAAACGCUGCUGACAGACUCUGCCACCACAGCGAAGGAGCUCUGCAACGCCCUGUCCGACAAAGUCAACCUACGAGACCGCUUCGGGUUCUCACUCUACAUUGCGCUGUUUGACAAGGUCUCCUCUUUAGGCAGUGGGAACGACCAUGUGAUGGACGCUGUGUCGCAGUGUGAACAGUACGCGAAGGAGCAGGGAGCCCAGGAGAGGAACGCCCCCUGGAGGCUGUUCUUCAGGAAGGAGAUCUUCACACCCUGGCACUGCCCCGCCGACGACCUGGUCGCCACCAACCUCAUCUACCAACAAACCGUCCGGGGGGUCAAGUUCGGAGAGUACCGCUGUGACAGGGAUGACUUGGCAGAGCUGGCCUCUCAGCAGUAUUAUGUUGACUACGGUUCAGAGAUCCUUCUGGAGCGCCUGCUGAGCCUCAUUCCCUCCUACAUCCCGGACAGAGAGAUCAGCACUGCAAGGACGGUGGAGAAAUGGGCUCAUUUUAUCAUGGCUGCACACAAAAAGGGCAUCUACACCCAGAAGAGGUUUGACCCACAGAAGGUGAAGGAGGAAGUGGUGGACUUUGCUCGCCACAAGUGGCCUCUGCUCUUCUCUCGAUUCUACGAAGCCUUCAAGUUCUCAGGUCCCAGUCUGCCUAAAAAUGAUCUGAUCGUGGCUGUCAACUGGACGGGAGUUUAUUUUGUAGAUGAGCAGGAGCAGGUCCUCUUAGAGCUUUCCUUCCCAGAAAUCACUGCAGUUUCCAGCAGCAGGGGAGGAAAGUUGCAGGGUCAGAGUUUCACCUUGGCGACCAUCAAAGGAGAUGAGUACACCUUCACUUCCAACAAUGCAGAGGACAUCCGUGACCUGGUGGUGACCUUCCUUGAAGGCCUGAGGAAGAGGUCCAAGUUUGUGGUCGCGCUGCAGGACAAUCCCAACCCCACUGGGGAGGAGUCAACAUUCCUGAGCUUCCUGAAGGGAGACCUGAUCCUGUUGGACCAGGACACCGGCGAGCAGGUCCUCAACUCUGGUUGGGCACACGGCGUCAAUGAACGAACAACUAAGAAAGGAGAUUUCCCAGCUGACUGCGUCUAUGUCCUGCCCACCAUGACCCGACCUCAGCAAGAGAUAGUGGCGCUGGUAACCAUGACACCGGACCAGCGACAAGAGUCGGUUCGUGUUUCGCAGCUUGUCAUGCCAGAGAGCGACGGCAGAAUGAAACCCUACACUCUGGAGGAGUUCUCUUAUGACUACUUCAGGCCUCCCCCCAAACACACUCUGAGCAGGGUGAUGGUCACUAAGAAUCGUGGGAAGGACAAGAUGUGGAGCUGCACCAGAGAGCCGCUUAAGCAGCCGCUGUUGAAGAAGGUUGUGAACCAUGAGGAGCUGGCUCAGGAGGCCUGCAUGUCCUUCAUAUCUAUGAUGAAGUACAUGGGCGACUACCCAUCCAAACGGACGCGCUCAGUCAAUGAGUUGACAGACCAGAUCUUUGAAGGAGCGCUGAAGGCUGAACCCCUGAAAGACGAGAUCUACUGUCAGAUCAUCAAACAGCUCACUGACAACCACGUCAAGUACAGUGAGGAGAAAGGCUGGGAGCUGCUGUGGUUGUGUACUGGUCUGUUUCCUCCCAGCAACGUGCUGCUACCACACAUUCAGCGCUUCCUCCAGUCCAAGAAACACCACCCUCUGUCUGGAGACUGCAUGCAGAGGUUGCACAAAGCUCUACGUAAUGGAUCCAGGAAAUAUCCCCCACAUUUGGUGGAAGUGGAGGCCAUCCAACAUAAGACAACCCAGAUCUUCCACAAAGUUUACUUCCCUGAUGAUACAGAUGAGGCGUUUGAGGUUGAGUCCAGCACCAAAGCAAAGGAAUUCUGCCAGAACAUUUCGACCAGGCUGCUGCUCAAAUCACCUGAAGGCUUCAGCCUCUUUGUCAAGAUCUCAGACAAGGUGAUCAGUGUACCAGAGGGAGAUUUCUUCUUUGACUUCGUCAGACAUUUGACAGACUGGAUCAAGAAAUCUCGACCAGCUAAAGACGGUAUCGUUCCCUCUCUGACCUACCAGGUGUUUUUCAUGAAGAAGUUGUGGACCAACACAGUUCCAGGGAAGGACUCCUUUGCUGACUCCAUCUUCCACUACUACCAGGAGCUGCCUAAAUACUUGCGUGGCUACCAUAAGUGUUCACGAGAAGAGGUUUUCCAACUUGCAGCGCUCAUCUACCGCGUCAAGUUUGAGGAUGACAAAUCCCACUUUCCCACAAUUCCCAAGAUGCUUCGGGAGCUGGUUCCUCAGGAUCUCAUUCGUCAGAUGUCACCAGACGACUGGAAAAGGUCUGUGGUUGCAUACUUCAACAAGCAGGCCGGUAAAUCAAGGGAAGAGGCCAAACUGAUGUUCCUGAAGAUCAUCUACAAAUGGCCGACCUUUGGCUCUGCUUUCUUUGAGGUUAAGCAAACGACAGAACCCAACUAUCCAGAGAUCCUUCUGAUCGCCAUCAACAAGCAUGGGGUCAGUCUCAUCGAUCCGAAGACAAAGGACAUCCUGACCACCCACCCAUUCACCAAGAUCUCCAACUGGAGCAGUGGGAACACCUACUUCCACAUCACCAUUGGCAACCUGGUCAGAGGAAGCAAACUGCUGUGUGAGACCUCAUUGGGUUACAAGAUGGACGACCUGCUUACCUCUUACAUCAGUCAAAUGCUAACCACCAUGAACAAGCAGCGCUCCGGGCGGGGCCACAGCAAGUGAACUUCUUACUGGCAGGAGGCCACUGAGCUCAUCCGGCUCUUGCGCCCUAUUGGUCAGCACUGCAGCUGGGGGCGGACCUUUGCGCACCAGCUGUGGAGGAUGAGCCGCAGUCCUUCUGCUAGCUCAGAAGGGUCCAAGCUCACCGGGGAGAGUUCAGCUGCCAGCAGCGAAGACCCUGGUGAGGGCCCCAGCAACUAUUACCACUACAACUACAACUAUGAUGAGGAUGAGCCAUCCAGUGAGGAUGACUACCUCUAACACAUCCACCAAACUCUCCGUCCAACAUGUCAGUCCUCCAGCUUUGGUUCAGGAUUCAACAGUCAGACUGGCAUGUACAGAAAUACUGUGUGACGUCAGUACUGCUGUUGACAUUAUUUGACUGAUUCAGAUCAAACUGAGGACAGUCAGUUUCUAGAUGGAAGCUUGAAGUGAAUGUUGCAGUGACCCCAAGUGGCAGCAGGUGGUCACUGCCUCAAGGUCUGAAAACUUUAAGGACUGUGCCUGACUAUGUGAAAAUGAUGUAUUGUUGUUGUGACAGUAAGCUCCUUAGAUAUAAUUUUUUACUAAUAACCAGAUCGUCAUCAUACUCUGGAAGAAGCAAGGCCACACUGGCUGAGAACAGAGGUUUUGCACCAGUGAUUUUACCAGCUGUCAGAGGUUUUGGCCUUUAGGUACAAUCUACGUUAUCUCAGUUACUGUGGAGGGCGCACAUUCUCUCUUCCACUCCCAAACAGUGAUUUAAACCAACAAGACUAUUUCUAGUAACUGUAGUUAGCGGCAUGGCUCUAUGCAAGACAAUAUUUGUCAGUUUACCCAAUAUUACCAUGUUACACUAACUGCUGUAGUGGGAUACUGAACUGCAGGCAAAAAAGCAUUGAAUUCAGUUGCCUUAAAAAAAAAAAGGCCUCAGAACUUAUUAAAAAGCCUUAAAUUUAAUUUACAGAAGUUUCGAAUAUUUUUUGGGCUGCUGUAGAGUACCAUAACUUUGUUGCUGCGGUCAUAGGAGGUCAUACAUCUACAGUUGACUAAACUAACUGUUAAUUCAGCUGUUAAGUUAAUGAAUAACUGUAGGCCUUAAUGUCUCUACUGGUUUUCCAUCUUUACCAGUAUCAUUGUGAAAAGCUAUUAAACGACAUUGGUAUUAAAAAUGCUUUACAUUUAAUUUGGUCAACACUGCAGAAACCCUGCAUAACAUCCAGGAGUUAAUGUGCACUUUAGCAUAUGAACAGUCAUACGUCACUGUACUAACUUGAGCAUUCAGCUCAAUGGACAACUUAGACUUUGUUUCUGUCUUGACUCAGAGAGUAAACAUGUUUGAUUUAGGUAACAAUACGAGGACCUCGGCAGCACCACUCUCAUUCAUCAAACAAUGUUGGGUUUUUUGAAUGAGUGUGUGUGUAAUGAGCAUUAGAUCAUCACAGUGAAGCUAUGGGCAUAAUUUUCUCUCAGAAAACACUGUCAGAAAGAGGUAUUGUGGUGUGUGGUCUUGACAGGUACCUGCUGUAAUUCUAAGUGUUGAUGUUUGCAUCACUUCUUGUUUAGGUUUAGAAAAAAAUAGAUUUUUUUCUGGCCUUAGAUCGAAACUGUAAUUGGAGUCAAUGGACCUGAGCUCAUUUAUUUAAAUCUCUACUACUGCUAUGUGUGACACACUAGAAGUGCACCUGUAAUUGUGAUGUAUGGCCCAUACUGUGUCAGUGUUUUUAUAUACUUAAUUAAUGAUUUAUGUUUACACCUCUUUUCUGUAACAUUGUCAAUUAUUAUCAGCUAUUUAAUUUUACAUUUUAUGCCUUAAUUGUUUCUUUAUUUCUGUUGAGACUACAUUCUCCAGCAUCCUGUGCGAUGCAGCUGCUGUUCCUGUGGGGCUUUUGCAACACUCCUGUAGUUAUUAACAUUAUUUUAAUUAAUAUUUUUAUUUCAAGGGCCACUUACUAGCUUUUUCUGGGGCUUUUAGUUGAAUUCCCCAGGCUUCAUUAGCAGAAGGUGCUUACUCAUUUGUCAUAUAGAUUAGAUAAAUGAAGCCAGUCACAUCUCACACCAGUUCUCUCUGAUUAUGAUGCAGCUGCAGAAAAGGCUAAUAAGUGGACCUUGACUCUUUUUGCUUAAUAGUGUGCUAAUUGUUUUUUUUUUUGUUUGUUUUUUUUAACUAUUGUUACAAAUGUUAUUUGUCUUAACCCAUGCUCAAGUUUGUGGAUGAAACUGUGCAAUUAUAUCUCUGAGCUCUGGAUUUUCUAUUACUGUGUUAAAGGGGAGAAAUUUCCACAUUACACUUCUUGUCCUGUUUACUGAGAAACCUACAUGCCGAAGUGUUAGCAAAUCAUUACCUAGUAUAAAUAAAAAUGAAUUUGGGUCUUGAAACUGGCAUUCAAGUGCAUUGAAAUAACUCAAAAUAACUAGAGGAAUGAAGUACCUUCACACAAAGGCUGAGCUUCAGACAUUUCUCAUCUGCAUCUGGAUCUGGAUCUGGACCUGCAUCAAAAUACACACAGUGAUGAACAAUCAUGACAUUCAAUUCAAAUCAAAAGGAGCAGUAGUUCAUGAGAAAUGUGAAGAAACUUCCUGAUUUGGAACUGGGGCUGCUUUGUGAAAUGUUGCUCAGAGUAAAAAUGUUUGAAGUGAAAAUUCUGAGUCUUAAAUAGUUCAUGAAGCGGUGAUGAUUCUCUGACAACUCACCUUUGGAGGCCUGCUAUCAGCUGAAUAAGAUAAACAUUUAGAAUAUUUAAAAUACUCACCCAAUGGCUCUCCCGCCACCAGUGGCCUUACCUCCACUAAGGCUAUAUUAAAAACAUGACUGGUUUAUUUCAUAGCGGCACAGAUCAGAUUUUUACUAGCACCUGAAACAAGACAAAUGAACAGGAGAAAUAACAUGUUCCUGUGUGUUGAAUUCUGUCACAUUGCUUUAGUGACUGACACUUUCAAGUCUGCCUUGUGUGAAAAGAUUUUUUUAUUUGUCUACAUGUUGACGUGACAAACUCUUCAUCCAUUAACCCACACUUCAGACUUUGUUUGUAUCAUGAACAAAUACAGUGGUAUUUUAACCGUGCCAAUCAUUCCAUUUGAUAUCUUAAUGUUGUUCGGAUUGUUGUUUUUCUUUCUGGACUAAUGCAAACUCAUGUUUUUGCCUGUUGUGUUGCUUUUUAGAUGGUUUAUUAGGUUUGGUUUUGUAUGUGACUGUGUAUAACUCAAUCAUUGUGACUUCCUGUAGUUUUCAUUCUGUGUAAUGCGUGCUCUCACCUUUGUAUAACAUUAAAUAAAUUUGGCUCUUA